CAAUUAAAUGUCUCAUCACUUGUCAGACAUCAGUCAAGACCUCGAGGACGAGGAUCAGAUCGAUGACAACGAGUUCUGCAUCCCUGCCAUCGAUGGACCGCUUCCCACACUCGACAGUAUCUUCAAUGAGGAAGACAACGAUUCCAUUGGAAGUGAUCCUCAACUGGAGGCCAACGAAGUGACCACUGGUUUGAAUGAAUGGCUCGAAUCGACUGAAAACUCUUCGCUCAGUAGUUAUGACUCGAAGGGCCCGAAGAAGUCAUCGAAAUAUCUUCUGCCGAACGAGUCGUACCCCAAAAUAGUGGUAACGAAUGGAUCGAUUAUCCGACACUCAGUUCUCAAGACAAUAUCGGCUCAAAUCAAGUCCGCAGACACCGAACGCAUCGGUGGAGGAAAGCCGACAGUUAUGGAG